AUGUCCUAUAUCCCAUCAAUGACAUUGACAGAAGCCUGGCCAAAUUUGAAUCACGAGGGGAAAGUCUCUGUUCAGGAACAACUAGAAGAAAUUUUUCAAAAUCUCAGAACCCUGAGACAGGACGAUGGUUACCCAUUGGGAGGAGUGGCAGGGGAAGGGGUGAAAGAACCAAGGAUAAGCUGUUUUGCACAAGAGAAAACUUUCAAUACAGCUGCAUCAUUUGUGGGUUUGCAAUUCUCACUCUCUAAAUUUCUCAGCAAAUCAUACAUUCAGUUUAUUCAAACCCUGCAGCCCCCACUGACAACAGGAUCGGUUUUCACUCAUGGAGAUGUUAAGAAGGACAACAUAAUGGUAGAGACGGGAGAAAACAAUGUUUGUAGGGUUACUGGUAUAAUUGACUGGGAAGAUUCAGGUUACUAUCCUGACUACUUUGAGAGUACCAACUUAACAUGUAUUUUGGAUCCCAGGAAAGAAGACGACUGGUAA